AUGUUUGAUAUUUCAGAAGAAGAAGGAGCAAACUUACCUGAUCUAAGGGAUAUGGAGCUAAAUAGUGAUACAUAUAGCAGCGGAAAUAGUGAGGCUGGAGGUGCAGAUACUGCUGCUAUGACCCCAUCCACUCCGACAAUUUCCAGCCCUGAUAAUGCCCAUACCCCAUCUUCGUAUAUUUUAGUGCCUUCUACUGCACAUACUUCGGCUGAGGGUGCUGACAAUAAAGAUACUGGUGAUGACAUCUAUGAUAACAAUAAUAAAUACAGUGAGAGCAACAGUGGUAGUGGACAUGCUGGUGAUAGUGCUGCUGCUGCUGCUUCUGGUGCUAGUGGUGCUGCUGCUAGUGGUGCUGCUGCUACCCCCACCAAUAUCUCGUCCUCAUCUCACUCCUCUCACUCUACCCCACUAAAUCUUGGACCCAAUAAUUCUGCAUCAACUAUUUCCACAGACUUCAACAAUAACGAUGAUAUUGAAAUAGCGAUCCCUGAUGACGAUCUCAAGCAAAGAAGAUCGACGUUGGCCAGUCUCUUGGAUUCUGCCACCUCCGCUUCCAAGGAGGGUGAUAUUUGGUACUUAAUCCCAAGAGAUUUUUUGGAAGAUGUCCUCAAUUUACCGGUUGAAUCUUUUGAAGAUUUAAAGCAUGAAGUGGGGAUCUUGGAUCUAACCAAUAUUGUUGACAGAAAUGGAAUUCUUUACCCUGAAGCUGACGAGCCUGUUGAUACUUACAAUAUCCCACCAAAGGUAUUCCAGCAUUUAACUGAAUGGUUUGGUGUUAAAGGGCAGCCUGUUUCUAGAGCUUUGAUUUUCAAUCAGCAAACAGGAAGGAAAGAGGUAGAAAGAUUCCCCAGCUACUUCCACAUACAUACUCUAAAGAAGUCAGGUGGCUCUACCGGUACUGGCAGUAACACUUUGUAUUCAUCAUCUUCGUCGUCGUCGUCCACUUCGCUUGCACAUCUGAACCAUGGCCAUAUCGUAAGUAAUCACAAUGGGGUCUUUUGCUCAACCACUGGUACAUUCUUGGAUCUUUUCGAGGCCAUACGAAUUGUAUUUUUGAAGGUGCCGAAGAGGAAAUCUAAUGCCAAUGCCAAUUCACAACAAUCGAACAACGCUAUCUUAAACUUUAGAGUUUGGUUCAUCUCCACUGAUUCCCUCCCACACGUAAUCCUGAUUCAACAGUUCAUCAACGAUGUCCCCAAAAAACAAUUGGUCUUACAAAAUCGCUACAAUCAAAGAUUGAAGGACCAAGGUUUAAAUUCUUCUGAGUACCAUAUUUUGGUUGAAUUGAAAGAUACUCAAAGUGGACCCUUUCCAAUCGACAACUAUUUCCAAAGCCUUGUUAAAUCUGGAGGAGACAUAAAUAACCAAUUUGAUCUAAACUGGAUAUUGCAAAAUGGUGGUCAAUCUGGAUUGACCAACUUGGGAAACACCUGCUAUAUGAAUAGUGCAUUACAAUGUUUGGUUCAUAUACCUGAGAUUGACUCAUACUUCUUUUAUAAUAUAUUUGAACAGGAGUUGAAUGAGAGUAAUCCUUUAGGAUAUAAGGGUCAAAUAGCGAUAAUGUUUGGCAAAUUAUUGAAAAAAUUGUUCGACCCCCAAGAACACCCGGUACCAAAGAGCAAUGCCAAUGGGCGCUUUUCAUAUAGUAAUAAUGUAUCAGUAUCUCCUAGGGAUUUUAAAUAUACUGUGGGACACCACUCUUCGAUAUUCCAGGGUUACCAACAACAGGAUUCACAGGAAUUUCUUUCUUGGUUAUUGGAUGCAAUCCAUGAAGAUCUAAACAGAAUCUACGAUAAACCAUAUUGCGAAAAACCUGAACUCAAUGAUAAUGAAGUUAAUGAUAUACAUGCCAUUGAAAAAUUGGCCAAUAUUUGUUGGAAACAAAAUAAACAGCGUAAUGACCUGAUAAUCACUGAUUUAUUCACUGGCAUGUACAAAUCGACCUUAGUGUGUCCUGAUUGUUCAAAGACUUCCAUCACCUUUGAUCCAUUCAAUGAUGUCACUCUUCCAUUACCAGUGAAUAAAAAAUGGUACCAUACUUUUAAAAUUGUUGAUUUCCGUACGGACACAAUUCAAAUGUUGGAAGUUGAGUUAAAUAAAACAAGUAAUUACGAUGAUCUUAUACGGUAUAUCGCUGAACAUUUGGAAGCUGAUAUUAACAAUAUCUUCUUAUUUGAGAUUUUCAAUAAUUUCUUCUAUAAAGAUUUCCAAUCGAAUUACAAUAAGCUUCGCUUUUAUCCGAUUAGUGAGAUUAUAUCUGAUCAAGACGAUAUAGUUGCUUACCACAUUCCGCAUGAUCCAGAGAGAAACAUUAUCGUUCCUGUAAUUAACUCAGUGUCUGACUCUGAUAAAUCUUACAAUGUAGCCCAUGCCUUUGGAUUACCAUUGUUUGUGGUUUUCAAUAGAGAAGAAUUGGGAGUGGAGGAAAUUCUGGAUAACUUGAAGGAAAGGAUAAAAAUGUUGAAAAGGGUAAAAAGUAAUGAGAGAGAAAAUGAAGAUGAUAUGGAAGAAGAGAAGGAGGAUGUUGAACAGGAACACCUGGAAGGUUCCUUUGACAUCAAGUAUUAUAUUGAAAGCAAAUUCUCACAUAGGAGUAAAUCAAACAACCACUCUUCAAUUAUCCAUAUUCCACAUAAUAGAGCAAACUUGAAUAAUUUACCCAGUUUAUUGAAGGAUACUGAAGAAAAGAGAUCGGAGCCUGUUCUCAAAGCUAGUUCAACGUUACUAUCUCACACAGGUACCCAAGAGGAUAGCGAUAGAGACUCAGAUGAUUUUGUUGUUGUAAACAGCAUUGAAGUCCCCAGAGUACCAACUGCGUUAUCUUCAGCCCCAUCUAACCUAACUCCACAACAACUGGAUAAAGAAGAUGAGGAUGACGAUGUAGAAGAAUCAGUCUCUGCUACUUCUGGUCCGACCGGUUCUGAUGCUUCACCUCCAACGGCUCCAAGAAACGUUGAUAUUCCUACAGGUUCUGAAAUUGACGACGUUGAGGCUCACGAUGACAACGAUAGUAUGAAUAAUAUUGGACUGCUUUUUGAUUCUGUGCACACUCUUAAUAGUAGUGGUGGUGGAGCUCAUGAUGCACCAGUAGUUGGUAGCCUUGAUGAUCUCAACAAGAUGACGUUAGUUUGUCAAUGGGAUCAUGAUGAGUAUGUUAAGUUUUUCACAGAUUCACCUGAAAACCAUGCAUGGAUUGACCCUCCGUACAUUCCAAAUCCACAAGUUGAAAAAAGUAAAUCAGAAUCUUUGAAGGAAAAGAAUUCUACUGUUUCAUUGUAUGAUUGUCUUGCCAAUUUUUCAUCCCCUGAAGUCUUAGGUGACCAAGAUUUGUGGUAUUGCCCAAGAUGUCAAGAUCAUAAGCAAGCUACGAAAACCAUCCAACUAUGGUCGAUUGGGGAUAUCUUAACUAUUCAUUUGAAGAGAUUUGAAAGUUCAAGAUCUUUUAGUGACAAAAUUGAUAUGGUUGUUGACUUCCCGAUUGAAGGUUUAGAUAUGAAACAAUUCGUCAGCAAAACAGAUGGUGAUGCUGAUGAGGGCUUGAUUUACGACUUAAUUGGUAUUGAUAGCCAUGUUGGAGGGUUAGGAGGUGGUCAUUAUACGGCGUAUGCUAAAAACUUCAGAGAUGAUCGUUGGUACUUCUUCAAUGAUUCUAGAGUUCAACCUAUUGAUGACCCUAAAGCUGGAAUGUCAAAUGCGUAUUUGUUAUUCUACAGAAAGAGGAAGUCCGGAGAGAAAUUGUUAGGAGACGAAAAGUUCCACGAGCAGGUUGAAGAGGGAAGAACGAGAUUGGUUGAGGAGUUGGGUAAACUAAGGGAGCAGUCGAUGAUUGUAAAGGAUCAGAUUGAUACAUUCAGGUACAAUGAGGCAGAGUUAGAAGAGGCAAAGAAGCUUUUGGCUGAACACGAGGCAAAACUAAAGGAAAGCUUAAAAGAGAAGGAAAAUGCUUCUGUACAACUGCAAGAUGAAGCAGUCGAAGACGUUGAUGAGAUGCCCACUCGUAUCAUAUCACAUUCCAAAAAAUCGAGAUCUUCUAUCGAUCCUAGUGAGGUCCUGAAUGAAGACAUCAAUAUUGCAUUGCGUAGAAAGCAGAGGUUGAUUACAAGAGACAAUAAGCCCAUUGGAGUUAAAGCGUCUCUUAAUUCUGGUGAAGAGGGAGGGAGUAGCAGUAUUGCUGGCUCUGAUCGUGGGAACUCGCCCUUAACUUCUUCUGAAGAAGAUAACUUGGCGAGCGAUAAUUUAGUUGAAUAG